CAUGAUGGUAGGUAGACUUCCAUAAUAAAUAUAUAUAAACCUGUUGCAUUUUGAAAAAAUUGUUUGUUAGUUUGUCUGGUAUCCGCAUUUACUCAGACACACACAAACAAAAUGUCUACACCAUCGUUGACAUUUCAAUUAUUGACAGUUGCCAUCAUUGUCCUUCAACGGCAAAUGAUCCAUAAUAAUGUUGGUAGCCGUACACAAUGGAAUACUACAUAUGAUUAUAUUAUUGUUGGUGCCGGUACAUGCGGUUCAUUGAUUGCCGGUCGAUUGACGGAGAAUCCAUCAACUACGGUAUUAUUAAUAGAAUCCGGUGGUCCAGCAUCGGUUAUCACUGAUAUGCCCGUUGAAGCUUGGAAUAUUGAAACCGGUGAAUUCGAUUGGGGAUAUAAUACCGUACCACAGGCUAAUGCUGCUUUUGCUUUCCGGAAUCGUCAAAUGGUGUUUCCACGUGGCCGAGUAGUUGGUGGCUCACAUACGAUCAAUUUUAACAUCUACAAUCGUGGUAAUCGUCAUGAUUUUGAUUAUUGGGCCAAUUAUUAUGGUCUGCAAGAAUGGUCAUUUGAAAAUGUUCUGCCAUAUUUUCAGCGUACCGAAAACAAUACGAAUAGACGCUAUGUAGAGGCUGCACCAAAUUAUCAUUCUACCAGAGGUCAGGUUGAAGUUUCAUCACCACCGAAUCCUGAUCCAAUUCUAUUGAAAUAUAUGGAAGGUUGGAAUCUUCAAGGUCUACCAUAUACCGAUGUAAAUGGACCAAAUCAAUUAGGCACAACACUGAUUCAACAAACAAUUACGAUACAGAAUCAUACACGUCAUUCAACAUCGAACGCAUUUAUUGUACCAGCAAUUGGCCGUAAUAAUCUACACGUAUUAGUACGUAGUCAUUGUACCCGAAUUCUUUUGCGAAACAAUACCAAUACUAAUCAAUUAGAAGCAUAUGGUAUUGAAUUUGUUCGUAAUAAUCAAACAUAUCAAGUUUAUGCCAAUCAAGAGGUGAUACUUACCGCUGGUGUCAUAAAUACACCGCAGGUUUUGAUGUUGUCUGGUAUUGGUCCACGACAACAUCUUACCGAUCUAGGUAUACCGGUACAAGUGGAUCUACCGGUUGGUCAAGGACUACAAGAUCAUCUUUUCACACCGGUCGAUUAUUUGACCACUGAUGAAAAUCUUAUUCAAUAUGGUCGAGAUAUCAAUAAUGUUCUGACUGUACAGAAUUUAUACGAUUAUUAUGUUAAUAAUUCUGGUCCUAUCACACAAGUACCUAUCGUAAUGGCAUUCCAUUCAUCAAAACUUAAUGAUGUACCAGAUUGGCCAGACGGCAUUAUGGCCACUUUGAUCAAUCGAAUUCCCGAAAAUGUGACAACAAUUACCGGAUAUUUUCAAGAUCCAGAUGCAUGGGCAGAAUAUUUUCAACCAAUGGCUGGUGAUCCUAGACAUUUUUUCGUACUAUAUGCAUUUACUCUUACACGAAGUCGUGGAUCUGUACGACUUCAAUCACGAAAUCCAUUUGAUGCACCACUUAUUGAUCCUAAUUAUUAUGGCGAUCUACAUGAUCUAGCCGUUGUUGUUGAUACUAUGAGUGCUGGUAUGGAAAUGAUGGAACAACCAUUUUUCCGUCAAUAUGCUCGAAUAUAUCCACGUUCAAUACCUGGAUGUCAAUUUUGUCCUGAUAAACCCUAUUACAAAUGCUAUACAUAUUUAGCUUGCCAUGCACAAACACUUACGCUCACUGCUUUUCAUCCUACUUCCUCCUGCCGUAUGGGUAAUUCUAGUGAUACUGGUGCUUGUGUUGAUGAACAUUUACGUGUACGUGGAGUAAAUAAUCUUCGUGUGAUCGAUGCAUCAAUCAUGCCAAAAAUUGUCAAUGCCAAUACGAAUGCUGCAACUAUGAUGAUUGCCGAACGUGGUGUAGAUUUUAUUCAACAAGAUGCACGUUGAUGAUGAACAUGAUAGUUAUGUUUUCUGGAACCUUGGAGUUUUUUUCAAACUGUUUCAAACUCCUAGAAUAUACUAUAUGUAUUUCGACAGAUAAAACACACCCAUUUGAUUAGAGACUUAUCAAAUAAGUAAUAAUAAAGAAAAAAAACAAAUCAACUAAAA